CUCCAGUUCACUACAAUGGAUAUCUGUAAAACAUAUGAAAAUGCCUCAAAAUGUAGUGCGAACAGCAAGCUCAUGGAGUGCUUCAUGGUCCUCAGCACACAAGCACAGAAGAUAAGCAUUGCCACACUUUGUGGCCUCUUUGGGACGCUGUGCAUCUUGGAGAACUCUGUGGUGCUGUACCUGAUCUUCUCCUCCCCUGGGACCAGGAGGAAGCCUUCCUACAUCUUUAUCAGCAGCCUGGCCUUGGCUGACCUCCUGGCCAGCAUCAUCUUUGUCAGCAGUUUUGUUAACUUCCAUGUCCUUAAUGAAACCGAUUCCUCUAAAGAAUUGUUCCUGCUGAAGCUGGGAGGGGUGAACACAUCCUUCACAGCCUCCCUGAGUAGCUUGCUGCUGACAGCCCUGGACCGUUACGUCUCUAUCAGCCGGCCCUCUGAAUACAAGCUCCUUGUGACGAGGAAGAGAGCGUGGGCAGCACUGGGGGUGCUCUGGGCGAUGUGUGUGACCACUGCCUCCCUGCCCAUCCUGGGCUGGAACUGCUGCACACUCAACUCCACCUGCUCCGAGCUGUUCCCUUUUGUGGAUGACAACUACCUCUCCAGCUGGGUCUGCUUCGUCAUGGUCCUGCUGGGCUGUAUCGUCUAUGCCUACACACAUGUGCUGUGGAGGGCUCACCAGCACAUGGCAUACAUGGGGAAGCACCAGGCGCAGGUGGGAAAGCAAAACACCAGGAUGAGAAUGGACGUCAUGCUGGCCAAGACCCUCGUCAUGGUGCUUACGGUCCUUGUGCUGUGCUGGUCGCCAGUCCUCAUUCUCAUGAUCUACAGCAUCUUUGCUAAGCUUACCAAUGACCAGCGCAAGGUGUUUGCCUUCUGCAGCAUUCUCUGCCUGCUCAAUUCCAUGGUGAACCCCAUCAUUUAUGCCCUGCGGAGCAAGGAGCUGUUCUCCUCCCUGAGGGCAGUCUUUUUCCGGUUCAAGAGGCGGCUGAGGGGCAUGGACGACAGCCCAGAAGUGGACAGUGCCCACAAGUCCUCUGUGGUAGAGACCGUCUGUGAGGAUGGCGUGCGUGUAACAGGCAGGAGGGAACAGUGGGAGUGGUGCUGGGGCCGCCUCGCCACAAACCCUGGGGAUUACAGACAAUGGCCGGGCCGCGAAGGAAGGGAGGGGAAGGCGGCCGCCACCCCGCGGCCGGCCGCAGCCUCGAACCUGCGGCCCCGGGCAGCCAUGGGAAUGGCGGCGGGCCGGUUGGUGUGGCUGGCGGCGGCGCUGGGGCCGGCCGUGGCGGCGCCGCGCUACUUCCCCGACUGGGGCAGCCUGGACGCGCGGCCGCUGCCCGCCUGGUUCGACGGGGCCAAGGUGGGGGUGUUCGUGCACUGGGGCGUCUUCUCCGUGCCGGCCUGGGGCUCUGAGUGGUUCUGGUGGCACUGGCAGGGCGAGCACCGCGCCGACUACGAGCGCUUCGUUCGGGAGCGCUACCCGCCCGCCACUGCCUACGCCGACUUCGCACCCCGCUUCACGGCUCACGACUUCCAGCCCCGCGACUGGGCACGGCUCUUCCAGCGGGCUGGCGCCAGGUACGUGGUGCUGACCACGAAGCAUCAUGAAGGCUUCACCAACUGGGGGUCACCUGUGUCCUGGAACUGGAAUUCUGUGGAUAUGGGGCCCCACCGUGACCUUGUAGGAGAGCUGGGACAAGCCCUCAGGGAGAGCAACAUACGCUAUGGACUAUAUCAUUCUCUGUUAGAGUGGUUUAAUCCACUCUACCUAGCUGACAAAGAAAGUGGCUUCAAGACCCAGAACUUCGUUUUGAAGAAGACAAUGCCAGAACUUUAUGAUCUUGUCCUAAAGUAUAAACCAGAUUUGAUUUGGUCGGAUGGAGACUGGGAAGCUCCGGACUCGUACUGGAAUUCUACCUCUUUCCUUGCCUGGCUUUAUAAUGAUAGUCCUGUCAAGGACACUGUUGUUGUGAAUGACCGUUGGUGUAAUAACUGCUCUUGCCGUCAUGGAGGCUACUACAAUUGUGCUGACAAAUACAAACCAGGGACCUUGCUAGCUCACAAAUGGGAGAUGUGCUCCUCCAUUGACAAGCUUUCCUGGGGCUAUCGAAGUAACAUGCACAUUGAUGAGUUAAUGGAUGAAGCAAGUAUCAUCGAGGAGCUAGUGCAAACUGUGAGUUUUGGAGGCAACUACCUUCUCAAUGUGGGCCCUACAAAGGAAGGAGUGAUUGUUCCCAUCUUCCAAGAAAGGCUUCUGGCCCUCGGGAGGUGGCUGGACACUAACGGGGAGGCAAUUUAUGAAUCGAAGCCAUGGAGAGUACAGACGGAAGACACAGGCACUGUCUGGUACACUUCUAAAGGACCAGUUGUCUAUGCCAUUUUUCUGAUCUGGCCUCAGGACAACGUGCUGCAGCUGUCCUCACCCACUCCAUCCCCAGCCACACAAGUGUCGAUGUUGGGUUUUGCAGGGACUCUGGAGUGGCAAAAGUCCCCAGGUAAAGGACUGCUCAUAACUCUGCCACCCAUGCCUCCAUCUCCUGUACCUGUGCAGUCUGGCUGGGCUGUCAGGCUUGAGGGUGUGAAAUGACAGCUGUGUCCUGAGAGCAGCUCUCCUCCUGCCUAUCUUUUGUAUUAAGUCUAAGAUGAUUUUUCAUUCACUGUUGAAUAAAUCGCUUUUCUCUUGAGAGAAUUUCUCUUCUA